CUUUUCCUUUGAUUCCGCGAAUAUGCAUUCCACUGCCCAUACCCAACUUUCCAAUUAUGUCAACUUGGCUAACAUGCGCGUAGGGCGGUAGGGGUAGCUGUUAACUCUGUCUCCUCCCCGCCCAAAAAAAGCAAAAACAAAAACCUCCCAUUGUUUCCUACAUUCUACACUCUCUUGAUAAUAAUCUAAUAUCUUUAAAAUCUGUAAAAUCUAAAACCAAUCCAAAAAAGAUGGACACCAUAAAAUCCUUCAAGGGGUAUGGCAAAGUAGACGAAACAGAGGAAGCAGCAUUCCAGAAAAAAGUUAAGAAAAGAAUCAUAAUCAUUUCCAUCUCCGCCAUCAUCCUCUUCGCCGUCAUCAUCUCCACCGUCGCAGGAGUCUUACUAACCCGCGACAACGGCGGCGAUAUCGAUAAGCCAUCCAGUUCAUCUCCUUCUCAAUCACUAAAAGUAGUAUGCUCAGUAACUCAAUACCCUGACACAUGCUUCUCCUCUCUAUCUCCUCUUACCUCCAAUUCCACUUCUAUUAACCCCACUAACCUCUUUUCGCUAUCUCUACAAGUAGCAAAGCACUCGGUUUCGGAUCUUCGUUCAAUCCUUCCAAAGGACACGAACGACACCGUAUUGGCUAAGGGGUUAAAGGAUUGUGGUGAGUUGUUUGACGAUUCCGAGGAUCAACUAGGAGAAUCUCUCUUAUCAUUGAGUAAUAGUAAUAAGAAGAGUGAUAACGAUCUACGGACGUGGCUUAGUGCUGUUUUGACUAACCUCGAGAGUUGUGUCGACGGCGUGUCGGAGAUCAACGGGACGGCGUCGUUGGUGGAGGACUUACGGUUAAAGAUGAAGAACUCUACCGAACUGGUGAGUAAUAGUUUGGCUAUUGUGAGUAAAAUUGGAACUAUUUUAGGCAAGUUUAAAAAUUCUAAUAGUAUUAAGGUUCCUAAAAGUUUCCACUUAAGGAAACUCCUCGAAUAUGGGAGUGAUCAGAUGUUUCCUGAUUGGGUGGGGCCCGCCGAGAGACGGUUGUUGUUAGGGGAAGAGGCGAUGGGGCCGGGAGCGGACGCGGUGGUGGCUAAGGACGGUAGCGGACAGUAUAAGACGAUCACGGAGGCGAUAAAGGCGGUGACGUUGAAGAGUAAGAAGAGGUAUGUGAUAUAUGUUAAGGAAGGAGUGUACGAGGAGAAUGUGGUAAUGGGUAAACAUGUUUGGAAUGUGAUGAUGUAUGGUGAUGGAAUGGAUAAGAGUAUCGUUUCGGGUCAUCUCAACUUCAUCGAUGGUACCCCAACCUUCUCUACCGCUACCUUUGCUAUUGCUGGAAGAGGAUUCAUUGCAAAGGAUAUGGCCUUCAAGAACACGGCAGGAGCCGAGAAGCACCAGGCGGUAGCAUUUCGGUCACAAUCAGACCAAUCUAUCUACUAUCGUUGUUUGUUCGAUGGAUACCAAGACACCCUCUACGCACAUUCCUACCGCCAAUUCUAUCGUGAAUGCACCGUCACAGGUACCAUCGACUUCAUAUUUGGUAACGCGGCCGUAGUAUUCCAAAAUUGCAACAUCCAACCUAGGGAACCAUUGCCAAAACAAUUCAACACAAUAACAGCUCAAGGUAGGAAGGAUUUAAACCAAAACACCGGGAUCUCGAUCCAAAAAUGCACUAUCUCGGGUUUGGGCCAGGUGACUGCCCCAACUUAUUUGGGCCGACCUUGGCAGCAGUUCUCCACUACUUUGAUCAUGCAAUCUAUUAUUGGGCCAGUUUUACAUCCGUCGGGCUGGGUUGGAUGGGUCAAUGGGGUUGAGCCCCCUUCCACGAUUUAUUAUGCUGAGUAUCAAAACACUGGGCCUGGAGCUGAUAUUAGCAAGAGAGUUACAUGGGCUGGGUUUAAGCCCGAAAUUACAGCGGAUGAAGCCUCGAAGUUUACAGUUGGCAACUUCAUUGACGGGAGUUCUUGGUUAGCAAGCACUGAUGUUGCCUUUGACACAGCAUUAUGAGCUUAUAACAAUAACAACAUUCCUCUUCUUUUCUUCUUUUAUUUAAUACGGAGUAAUAUCUUACUACGUAGUACAGACUACUCUCUACGUCCCAGAAUACUCGCACCAUUUUGACUUUUUGCACUAUUUGCAUAAUUUAUUUUGACCUUAUUUUAUUUAUAGUAAUAUAAAAACAAAUGUUAGUAUUUAUAAUACGCAAUUAAAGAUAUUAGUGGUCAAAGUUGUGCAUUGACAAGCGUGUCGAAUCAAACUGAUGCGAGUAUUUCGAGACAGGGGGAGUAUAUGUCUAGUAAGAUUUGACUAUUAAGAUAAAUCUAACAAAACUAAUUUCACCAUAUCGAUUGUAUUUACAAACUUUUACGACCAAAAGUCUUGAGUCAAUUGUGGCUUAUGGUUUUUA